AAAAGCCUCCCCCCCCCCCCCAAAAAAAAAAACAUAGCUUUUAUUCUGAAUCACUGUGGAAAUGUCGGGGAUCGUGCAGGAACCAUGGUUAGCAGCAGAGAACGGGAACGCAUCCAUGACCGCGAAGGGAUCGAGCAGAGAGCUGAGAGGAAGAACAGCUCACAGCUUGUCUUCUUCUUCGUUGAGGAAGAAGUCUGACCUCCGAGUGAUUCAGAAGGUUCCAUACAAAGGUCUUAAAGAUUUUCUCUCUAAUAUUCAAGAAGUCAUUCUCGGCACAAAGCUUGCCAUUCUUUUUCCAGCCAUUCCUGCUGCCAUUAUCGGCACUUAUUGCGGCUUUAGCCAGCCAUGGAUAUUUGGACUGAGCUUGCUAGGACUCACACCGCUGGCUGAGCGAGUCAGCUUUCUGACAGAGCAACUAGCUUUCUACACCGGUCCUACAUUGGGUGGACUAUUGAACGCAACGUGUGGAAACGCAACUGAAUUGAUCAUCGCGAUUCUGGCAUUGACUAACCACAAGGUCGCAGUGGUGAAAUACUCGUUGCUAGGAUCUAUUUUGUCGAACCUUCUAUUGGUUCUCGGGACUUCGCUCUUCUGUGGUGGAAUUGCUAAUCUCCGAAGAGAGCAACGGUUCGACCGGAAACAAGCCGAUGUGAACUUCUUCUUACUCCUAAUGGGCUUGUUGUGUCACUUGCUGCCAAUGUUGUUCGGAUACGUUGGAAACGGAGAGACUUCAGCUGAUUUAAUUGCUGACAUGUCACUGAGCUUGUCACGAGCCAGCAGUAUUGUUAUGUUGAUCAGUUACAUCGCAUAUCUCGUUUUUCAGCUUUGGACUCACCGCCAAUUGUUCGACGCACAAGAUCAGGAGGACGAGUAUAAUGACGAUGUUGAGGAAGAAACCGCAGUGAUUGGAUUUUGGAGUGGAUUUGUGUGGUUGGUUGGGAUGACAUUAGUCAUCGCAUUGCUAUCAGAGUAUGUUGUGGGCACCAUUGAGGAAGCAUCGGAAUCAUGGGGACUAUCAGUGAGUUUCAUAAGCAUAAUAUUGCUUCCUAUUGUUGGAAACGCAGCUGAACAUGCUGGAGCCAUCAUUUUUGCUUUUAAGAACAAGCUUGACAUAUCUUUGGGUGUUGCGUUAGGAUCUGCAACUCAGAUUGGCUUAUUUGUAGUCCCCUUGACCAUUAUCGUCGCAUGGAUUCUAGGAAUUAACAUGGAUCUCAAUUUUAAUCUUCUCGAAACCGGUUCUCUUGCUCUUUCCAUCAUCAUCACAGCCUUCACAUUACAGGAUGGGACUUCUCACUACAUGAAGGGAUUGGUUCUCUUGCUUUGCUAUAUCAUUAUUGCCAUUUGUUUCUUCGUCGACAAACUUCCUCAGAAACAACCAAAUGUUAUUCACUUGGGACAUCAAGCGAUGAAGAAUAUUGCCGCUGCUGUUGGCGAAGGCGUUUUCUCAUCUUAAUUCUGGACUAGUGCCAAUGUAUCGAAACAAAACUCUCAAAGGAACUCAGUGGAGAAGAAAGAUUUGCCCAAUUUCUUGAUUCAUUUAGAAAUAUUAAAACUUGUCAGAGAGAUUUCUGAGAUUCAGUGAGUGUAUUUCUCAAAUUAUGCUUUGUGUUGUGGUCUUGAUGAAGAUGAGUUUUGAAAAGAUUUCAUGAUGUUCAUGUGUGGAUUUUAGAUGGACUAUAUAUCUACUAAUAUUUUAUGUCUAAUGUUCUAUCUCAUUAUUAUAUGAU